ACGCUUUCAACUCACGGCUAAACGGCUUCAAAAACUUCGGCUGAUGCACAGCGAUUGAAAGUCAGGCUGGCAUCGCUCGGCGGAGUUUUAAUAACUAUGCCUCCUUCUCGUCAACGUGUCCGUCGUUCUGCACGCCUCAAAACCAACCCUCUAGUGCGCUGCUCGACGGCGAUGGGUGAUAAAACUUCAAACUCUCGAGGAUCGCUCAAAGUGCCUCCAGAGCAAUCCGCACCCCGCCUAACUAUUCAGUGGCAGAGCGACCAUGCUCUCACUGAUCUACUUGUUACUUAUCUUACUACACACCCCACUGACUGCAGGAUUCUAUUCUACUCUGAUGGGAAGAAAGCGAUGUCUACUGCUGAUGACGGUCCCUCAGGCUCAGACAAAGGACAGAUUUACAGUACCCUGGCCAAACUAAUCUUCACAAAUCACCCCAAGUACGGUUACGCAUACUCCAUCAAUGCAAAAAAAUUCCGCGAUGCAGUCUGCAAGCGCAUUGGAAUUCUCAGGGGUAAAUACAAGAAAAUCAAGGCGUCUUUUGACAGCACAGGCGCUGGUGUGAUACCAGCUGAGGGCAUGCAAAUGAGAAACUUAUUGGGUGAGUCUUUGGUCCUGAGUUUCUGGUCCUCGGCUGAUCAGUUGUUGUAG